UGCGCUGAUUGUAUUUCUAUGGAUUCUAGCUGCUUGUGCGGUUGACACAAAUCUGGACAACAACAAUAGCCAUACAUUAUUAUUUGGUUGAUUUAUUUCCGGUAUGAGCUCGUGGCUCGCAGCAGCGCACUCGUCGGGACUGUAUCGGUGAAGGCUCGGGGUUCGGUGAAGAUGGGUCUCAGGAGGACCGUGUUCUUCUGCUUCUUGUUCUCGCUGAUGCUGGCUCUUCACGGCAGCCGCAGGAGACACGCGCGCUGCCCCGCUUCAUGCACCUGCAGCAAAGAUAACGCCUUGUGUGCCAAUACCGGAUCAAUACCGAGGAGCUUCCCGCCUGAUGUCAUCUCACUAUCAUUCGUCAAGUCCGGCUUUAAUGAAAUCCCUAAAGAGAGUUUCAUUCACACGCCAGCCCUCCAUCUUCUACUUUUCACAGCAAACAACUUUGAUUCUAUAAAUGAAGAUGCGUUUCUUGGUCUUCCUCAUCUGGAGUAUCUUUUCAUUGAAAAUAACCAAAUCAAGUCCAUAUCGCCGUUCGCCUUCAGAGGACUCAAGUCCUUAAUACAUUUAAGUUUGGCGUACAAUAAUUUGGAGACACUACCGAAAGAUCUUUUCAAAGGGAUGGAAGCUUUGACUAAAGUGGAUCUGAGAGGUAAUCUUUUCAGCUGUGACUGUAAGUUAAAAUGGUUAGUCGACUGGAUGUUUCAUACAAAUGCAACUGUGGAUCAGAUCUUCUGCAAUGGCCCUGAAGCUUACCAGGGCAAGAAGAUCAAUGACCUUGUGGCGCAGUCAUUUGAUUGCAUAACAACAGAUUUUUCGUUGUUGAAGUCUCUUGACUUUCAGUCCAUUUCAGUCGAGGCUUUUGGAUUUGGUGGUGACCAGUUUGUCGUGUUCGGCCAGCCUUUCGUUGGCAGGUGCAGUUUCAUGGAAUGGGAUCACGUGCAAAUGGAGUUCAGGAACUUUGAUAAUAUCACAAGCACUUCCACUGUCAUCUGCAAACCUCUAGUCAUUGAUAGUCAACUCUUCAUUAUAGUAGCCCAACUGUUCGGCGGCUCGCACAUCUUCAAGCGAGAUGUCUCCGCAAACAAAUUCAUCAAAAUCCAAGACAUCGACAUUCUGAAAGUCCGAAAGCCAAAUGAUGUGGAAAUCUUCCACGUCGACGAAGAGUCUUUCUUCAUCAUAGCUGACAGCUCCAAAGCCGGCUCGACAACUAUUUAUAAAUGGAACGGCAACGGAUUCUACUCCCAUCAGUCUUUGCACCCCUGGCACCGCGACACGGAUGUGGAAUAUCUAGAGAUUUCUGGGAAGCCUCAUCUGAUCUUGUCCAGCAGCUCUCAGAGGCCGGUCAUUUACCAGUGGAGCAAGAGCACUAAGCAGUUCGAACGGCGCACAGAUAUCCCAGAGAUGGAGGAUGUGUACGCGGUCAAACACUUCACUGUGAAGAGCGAGCUCUACAUAUGUCUGACCCGCUUCAUCGGCGACUCCAAGGUGAUGAAAUGGGACGGUAGCAUGUUCAGUGAGAUCCAGACCAUGGCCUCUCGUGGCUCCAUGGUCUUCCAGCCGUUCUCGAUAGCCGACUGGCAGUACGCCAUCCUAGGCAGCGACUACGCCUUUACUCGGGUCUAUCGCUGGGAUGCAAAGAAAAGACAGUUCAUUCAAUUCCAGGAACUGAACAUUCAAGCUCCCAGGGCUUUUUCUCUGGUGUUUAUUGAGAACAGGGAGUUCCUUCUUGGCUCUAGUUUUAAGGGGCAAACACGUAUAUAUGAACACCUGUUUUGGUGGUUUUCAAGCCUUUGUUUCAUACAGCUUUCCUCAAAUCUUUCCUCCGUAGGCACUUCCACUGUCAUCUGCAAACCUCUAGUCAUUGAUAGUCAACUCUUCAUUAUAGUAGCCCAACUGUUCGGCGGCUCGCACAUCUUCAAGCGAGAUGUCUCCGCAAACAAAUUCAUCAAAAUCCAAGACAUCGACAUUCUGAAAGUCCGAAAGCCAAAUGAUGUGGAAAUCUUCCACGUCGACGAAGAGUCUUUCUUCAUCAUAGCUGACAGCUCCAAAGCCGGCUCGACAACUAUUUAUAAAUGGAACGGCAACGGAUUCUACUCCCAUCAGUCUUUGCACCCCUGGCACCGCGACACGGAUGUGGAAUAUCUAGAGAUUUCUGGGAAGCCUCAUCUGAUCUUGUCCAGCAGCUCUCAGAGGCCGGUCAUUUACCAGUGGAGCAAGAGCACUAAGCAGUUCGAACGGCGCACAGAUAUCCCAGAGAUGGAGGAUGUGUACGCGGUCAAACACUUCACUGUGAAGAGCGAGCUCUACAUAUGUCUGACCCGCUUCAUCGGCGACUCCAAGGUGAUGAAAUGGGACGGUAGCAUGUUCAGUGAGAUCCAGACCAUGGCCUCUCGUGGCUCCAUGGUCUUCCAGCCGUUCUCGAUAGCCGACUGGCAGUACGCCAUCCUAGGCAGCGACUACGCCUUUACUCGGGUCUAUCGCUGGGAUGCAAAGAAAAGACAGUUCAUUCAAUUCCAGGAACUGAACAUUCAAGCUCCCAGGGCUUUUUCUCUGGUGUUUAUUGAGAACAGGGAGUUCCUUCUUGGCUCUAGUUUUAAGGGGCAAACACGUAUAUAUGAACACCUGGUCCUUGACUUGAGUAGCUGAUUUGCUUCAUUGGGACAUUUGAGGACACUGAUAAAUGAGUGUCUCAAUAGAACCUGUCCAAAGCACGUCCAGGUCAUGUUUAACUCUAAAAUCCAAAGAAAGAAAAACAUUUUUUUGUUUAAAGUAAAUGAAGCCUGUUUUAGGACUCAGUUCUCUAUAGUGUUAACUAUUUUUUUUGUACUGUAAUACAGUAAUAAUUGCUUAGUGUUCAGGUGAAAUAUCGUCACCAUGCCUAAAACGUGUAACGAUCCUAAACAGGCUUCAUUUUCUUUAUGCAAAUCACCAUUUUUUUUUCUCCUUCUGAUUUUGGAGUGAAAUAUGACUAGAAAGUUUUCGUCAGAUUUAUCCGCCUCUUCUCAGCAUGAAGACUCUUUGCAUGAUGGUGCCGUUAAUUAGGUACCGCCAUUGAAAUUAUCCAAGGUUUUUUUUUACACGCUCUUCUCAUUGCACUCAUUCAUUUCUGUGUUUUUACUCUGUGACUGCUGUACUUUCAUUGAAAUACGUGCUAUUCUAUUUAUUAAUGUUUAUCUCAAAUGAAACUGACAACUUGUUUACUGCUUUCUCAACUUGUAAACAGUGUAUUUUUGCGUGGCAGCUGGGUGACAUAUUUGAUAGACAGUUUGACCCUGAGUAGUGUGUAGUGUUACCGUUGUUUUUUUGCAUUUGCCUGUUUGUUUGAAUCCUAAUAACUACUAACAGUACAACCAAUGUCAGUACUUUUUUCAACAAGAUGAAAAUAUGUGUAAAGAGAUGAAGAGAUUCUAUCACGACAUGAUGAAACUGUGAUGUUGUUCUACUGGAUACGUUUAUGCAUGCAGUUUCAUGCCUACAUUUUGGAGACACUGAUACUAACUUUAAAUAAAGACUUUACAGAAUG